UUCAAGCUCUCCCCUUCGAAAGCAACAAAAGCCAGAGAAGGAUACUCUGUUCGUCACCGGCAUGAAUUCGCUAGCUAAGUAUCGCCCGACCGAUGAGUGCCUUAUCACCGACUACCUCCAGCCGAAAGUAAUGGGUAAGCCGUUGCCUCUCGGUCAAAUCGACGAGUGCGAUCUUUACAGCCAAGAGCCUUGGAAGAUCUUCAACACCACCUUGGAGUUGAAGCAGACGUUCUACGUUUUCACCGAGUUGACAAAGAUGGGGUCGAGGAAUUCAAGGACUGUUGGGUCCGGGACAUGGAAAGGGCAGCACCUGACGAAAAUCUUUAACGAUGGUGGUGAUUUUCUUGGCUACAAGAAGUCCUUCAAGUUUCAAGAAGGAGGUGGCCCGAGCGCAACGAGCGGACGCUGGAUCAUGAAGGAGUUCUCAAUGUGCGACGAGAGGUGCAAUUACGUAUUGUGCAAAAUCGAAUAUUUUAGAGAUGAUAAAUCAAAAGACAAGGAGAUUGUAACUUCGGACGAUGUACUGGUGCAAUCCAAAGACAAUAAUCGACAAGCGAAGAGGGCGUGCCUACUCCACAACUCCGGUGAUCGCACAAGCAUCGUCGCUUUGCCAUCAGCUACAGUGGAUGGAGUCCAACCCGCCACUGCCCAAGCCUAUGCUGAACAACUUCAGAUGUCAAUGGCGGCAGCACCCGCCUUGCAUUUAGAUAACGAUGACCUGGCUUUCACUGGUUUAAGUGGUGACGCAAUUGAUGCAAGAUCUGUUGCUCCAGGACCAGAUAUCGGCAACCUCACCUCUCCGGCUUUUGGCGAUACUGGCGACACCACUUACCCAGCUUUUGACAACGGUCCAUAUGCAGAUUUACUUCCUCUGACAGUGGAGGACUACACCAAUUACCCAUAUGCAGAUUUACUUCCUCUGACAGUGGAGGACUACACCAAUUACCCCUUUGAGGUCGAUGCCAAUUACCUCUUUGGUUCAAAUCCUUUUGCUAAUAAGACGAUGCCAAUUACCUCUUUGGUUCAAAUCCUUUUGCUAAUCCAUUAGAAGACGAUACAACUGCAAUGCUCGGAUCCACGCUCGGCACACUGGACAACCAGACGAACACACUCGGCACACCGGACAACCAGACGUGGGGUCGGACUUCUCUCCAUCAACAAAGGAGCGUUGCUGAAUCACAAGAGCAAGAAGUCUCAUUGGAAUGGCCUGAUCAGUUUUUCCUUGGUUAGCAUUUUUUGCAGUUUUACUUUUUAAAAGAC